AUGCUCGUCUCAGCCAGUGCCUUGUCAUUCGCAUGGCUGGCGGCAGCCAUUCAAGGCGCCGUUUGUGCAGCACCAGCCAAGGCCUCAAUUGUGCGCCCCAAUAUCAAGGCUUGGCCGCUCAAUCCCGGCAAUCUUCACUUGAACUCACCCGCGCGGGCAGCCGAUAAAGUCUGCUAUGUCAAGCCCAGUUGCGUUGGCAAGGACGACGCCGCCGCCAUCCUCAAGGCUUUCCAGCAGUGCAACAAUGGAGGAACGGUUGUUUUGGACCGCAACUACACCAUCGCAUCGCCACUAGACUUGACAUUCCUGAAUGCCAUUGAUGUUGCUAUCACGGGCACCAUUAAUUUCAGCGACAACAUGACGAGCUGGACGGGUCACAUGUUCAAGUACGCCUACCAGGAUUCCCUUGCCAUGUGGCGCUUUGGUGGUAAAGACGUCAACAUCUACGGCCAAGGAGUGGGUGUCAUCAACGGAAACGGCCAAGCGUGGUGGGAUGCGUUUGCCGCCAACGCGGCUCUGCUGCGCCCGAUUCUGUUUGUUAUCGACGGAUUGCACGGUGGCUCAGUGACUGGCCUAAACAUGCGCAAUCCUCCCGAUUGGUUCAACCUGAUCGCAAAUAGCUCCAAUAUCAUUGUGAGCGACCUUGAUCUGAAGGUCAAGAGCAUUAGCAAGAAUCUCGCUAAGAACACUGAUGGUUGGGAUACCUACCGUUCAGAUUCCAUUGUGAUUCAGAACUCGGUCAUUAACAACGGUGAUGAUUGCGUUUCGUUCAAGCCCAACAGCACCAACAUUGUGGUUCAAGGCCUUCAGUGCAACGGCUCUCACGGCAUUUCCGUUGGUUCCCUGGGCCAGUACAUUGACGAAUUUGACAUCGUGGAGAACGUCUAUGUCUACAACAUUUCGAUGGCCAACGCCUCAGAUGGCGCCCGUAUCAAGGUCUGGCCGGGCAUGUACACGCCUUUCCAACCCACUUUGUCAGGUGGUGGCGGCUCCGGCUACGUCAAGAAUGUUACCUACGACGGCCUCUUCAACACCAAUAACGACUGGGCAAUUGAACUCACCCAAUGCUAUGGCCAGAAGAACCUGACCCUCUGCAACCAAUAUCCCUCGAACAUGAUCAUCCAAGACGUUGUCUUCAAGAACAUGUGGGGCACAACAUCCAAGGCCCACGACCCUAAUGUCGGCACACUUGUCUGCAGCGCACCAGGGCUCUGCAAGAACAUUCGAGCACAAAAUAUCACCGUCACCCCCCCGAGCGGUAAACCGUCCAAGUUCAUUUGCACCAACCUAGACAACUCACUGCUUGACAUAACCUGCACCUAA